UUUCUCCUCUUGACACUCCGGGAUGUGCAGUUCGCCGUCGGUGCGCAGAGGAGCCGAGACGGCGGCUGCGAGCGGAGGGUGGGGAAGCGGAGCCGCCGGUGCAAAAGAGCGGGUGCCUCGGGGCUGCGGCUCCUAAGGGAAGGGAGGGCAGACAGCCCGCUCGCUUCCCACCCAUCCCAAUCUUAGAGGAGGAAGUCGGUUGAGAGAAGACGCUCCCAGUUUUUCUGUAGGUGAGAAGCUCUGAAAUCUCAUCAUCUGUCCCUUGUAAGUACCACUCUGAACUUGCCCAAACGUGGACUCACAACCCCCUCGAUCAUGUCCGCAGAAAGAAACCAGUGCUGGGCUGGGAAGGCGAGCGGUUGAGCAGAGCCGAGGCCGAAAUGGCGGCCGAGCAACGGGAGGUGUCCUCUGUGGGCCUCCACCCGUACGAAACCAGGGUGGAAAAAGGAGUCAAAAUGGAGGAGUUCGAAAGAAAUAGCCUUGCGUUGGCCGGCCCAACCCGGUUCAGGAGGAGCCCUUACGUGGUCCAAACUUUCACCGUCGGGGAGCAUUUUAGCCGGAUGACAGCCAAGCCAACGGAGCGGGACCUCGGGGAAGGGAGGCUGUCGCCAUGUUGGGAAGCCCAAUGGCGGGACAUCCUGAAGAACACACAGUCCCCUUAUUCGGGGUGGGGCCACCCCCAGAUCCCGGUUCCUGCUGAAACCAGGGCUGGUGAAGAGCUCCUACAAGAAGAGGCAGGUGGGAUUCUGCCACCUGAGAGGCCCCUCAGGACCAUUUCGGAUGCAGACCCCGCCGAACAAGGGGAGGAUGGAGAGGUGAAGGGAGAGGGCCAAGCCCAGGAGAUGCCCAGCGCGGAACUGCAUCGGCAACACUUCCGCUGGCUUUGCUACCAGGAGGCAGAAGGGCCUUGGGACGUCUGCGCCCGGCUGCGGGAGCUGUGCCUCAACUGGCUGCAGCCGGAGCUGAAUUCGAAAGAACGGAUGGUGGAGCUGGUGGUCCUGGAGCAGUUCUUGGCCAUCUUGCCUGAGGACAUCCAGGGCUGGGUAGGAGAAAGCGGGCCGGAGACCUGUGCCCAGGCGGUGGCCUUGGUGGAGGACUAUCUGCUGAGGCAGCAAGAGACUGAGAGGUGGAAACAGGAAGUACUAGGAGAGUUUGAAGAAGUAGCAAUGAGUUUUUCGAGAGAAGAUGACACUGGCGAAAAACAGCCUUGCCGGGAAAUCAAGCAAGAGCAGGCCAACUGGUUGGAUAAGUGGGAGAGUGAGGAUGAAGAGGCCGUGUUUGAAGCAUUAUUGGAAAAAGCCGAAACUCAAGUCCUAGAAGAAAACUUUGGAGAACAAGAGGCAUCAAGGUGGGAGCAGAGAUUCCCCAUAGACAAGAGACGAAACAACGCCAUUCUCGGCGAGAGCGGGAUUUCCAGGGAGCGUGUCUUGGAGGACAGAACGCCAACAGGAAAGCGAAGACACGUGUGCGCUAUUUGUGGGAAGGGCUUCACUCAGAAAUCCAACCUCAACCGGCAUCAGAGAACCCACGUGGGAGGAAAGACAUUUCAGUGCUUAAAGUGCGGGAAAAACUUCAAAUGGGAAACCAGUUUUAUGCGACACCAGCGAUUCCAUACCGGCGAGAAGCCUUACCCCUGUGUGGACUGCGGGAAAUGCUUCAGUCGGAGCGCAAAUCUCAUCAUUCACCAGCGGAUCCACACCGGGGAGAAACCCCACCAGUGUGUAGACUGCGGGCAGAGUUUUAGCCAAGUUUCCAAUCUUGUUCGGCACCACCGAGUCCACACCGGGGAGAAACCGUACAAAUGCCUGGAGUGCGAGAAGAGCUUCACUCAGAAAUCCAACCUCGUCAAGCAUCAGAGUGUCCAUUUGGGAGACAAGCCGCCCCGACGCUCGGCUAAUGGGAAGCGACUCAGCCAGAGGUCCAGUCAUAAGAGAUUGGACAGGGAUCCCCUUGGGGAAAAUCCCUGUCAGUGCUUCAAGUGCGGGAAGGUCUUUUCCCGGAAAGGCAACCUCCUCCGGCAUCAGAGCAUCCACACAAAAGACAAGCCGCACAAAUGCCUCGAAUGCGGGAAGCGGUUCAACCAGAGGACCAACCUGAAUGCACAUCAAAGGAUCCAUACUGGGGAGAAACCGUACCGAUGUCCGGACUGUGGGAAGAGCUUCCGGUGGAGGGCGCACCUGAUCAUCCACAAGCGCUUGCACACCGGCGAGAAGCCGCACAAAUGCGUUGACUGUGGGCAGAGCUUCAGCCAGCGGUCCAAUCUGGUGAGGCACCUCCGAAUCCACACGGGGGAGAAGCCGUACAAGUGCUCUGAGUGCGAGAAGAGCUUUGGGCAGAAAUCCAACCUUCUCAAGCAUCAGAAGAUUCACACAGGGGACAGUGCCCUCCAUCAGCCGACCGGGAGCGUCAGACAGGACCCAAUGGGAGAGGAACCCUAUCAGUGUUUCAGGUGUGGGAAAAUGUUCACCCGCCGGGGCAACCUUCUGAGACACCAGAGCAUCCACACCCGAGAAAAACCUCACAAGUGCUCCGACUGUGGGAAGAGGUUCAAUCAGAGAGCCAACCUCACCAGCCAUCAGAGGAUUCACACCGGGGAGAAACCCUUCGCCUGUCUUGACUGUGGGAAAUGUUUUCGCCAGAGCCCUCACCUGAUUAAACACCAGAAAGUCCACGCAGAGGAGAAGGCUUCCUACAACCAUGGCUCAGAUGAUGGGGCGAGCAUCAGCCUGGAGCCGGGCCACAGGAGCCACGAGAGGAUCUACCUGAGAGGCAAUCCAUAUCAGUGCAUGAAGUGCGGGAAGAUGUUCAACUGGCAAUCGAAUUUCAUCCGGCAUCAAAAAAUCCACGCGGGCGAAGAACCGCGCCAGUGCUUGGAUUGCGGGAAGACCUUCAAUCGGAGGAAGAACUUUGUGGCUCACCAGAGAAUCCACACGAAAGAGAAGCCCCAUCAGUGCACCGAGUGCGGGCAGACCUUCACCUGGGAAGCACACCUGGUGAUCCAUCAAAGGAUCCACACGGGAGAAAAACCUCACACCUGUGUUGAGUGCGGGCAGAGUUUCAGCCAGAGGUCCAACCUCAUCCGGCAUCAGAGGAUCCACACGGGAGAGAAACCUUACGCUUGCGCGGAGUGCGGCCAGAGUUUCACGCAAAGGACGCACCUUGUGGUGCACCAGAGAACCCACACGGGGGAGAAGCCGCAUACGUGCGUGGAGUGCGGGCAAGGCUUCAGCCAGAGGGCGCACCUGAUUGUCCACCGGAGAAUCCACACGGGAGAGAAGCCGUAUCGGUGCACGGACUGCGGACAAGGCUUCUGCCAAAGAUCCAAUCUUACCAGACAUCAGAGGUCCCAUGACUGUGAGAAACAAAAAUAGGAAACGGGAAGGAAUACCCCGCUGGAAGGUUGUGUCUUGAGUCUCAGUCAUCCACGCAUGAGGAAUCGGGGAUGACGGAGAAUGGCCAUGUUCAGUUGGUAUGGUCAUUUGGUGGGGACAAACCAAAUUGGUCUUUAUGGAAGGGUCCUCCCAAGGACACACAGAGCCUGAACUAUAAAAUAUGCAGAGUUGUGAAACAGUUUGAGGGCGCCGAUGGUAUUAAACAGAAACCCCCCUCUUCAAAAUGGCUACUGGUGUCUUGACUUUUAUAGCAGUGUUUCUCAAACUUAAGGUUAUUGUUUUAAGGCCGUGUUUCUCAACCUUAACCACUUUUAAGAUAUGUGGACUUCACCUCCCAGAAUUCCCCAGCCAGCAUGGGAGUUAAAGUCCCCCUGUCUUUAAAAAGUCGCCAACUUUGAGAUACGCUGUUUUACAGAAUGACGUCACCAGUAAAAACGCACUGGUUUACCAAAUAUCCUUGCUCUUCCCUGCUGCCUUUCCGUCACUUGGCCCUCCGACAGUUCCCGCUGCCCGUCGUCGUUCCUCUUUUCUAACCCAAUGGAAGUUGAGAAAGAAAUUAUGGGAAGAAGAUUGUACGUCAGCGCCAUUAUUUCUGGAAAAAGGAGCAGCUGGGGCACCAAAUUGAGGGCAGACACUGAUGAAAGAAAAACUUGGUUUGUAAAUGAACUAGAUAAGGUUGGAGAGCGCAGAGAAGAGCAGCCCCCCUUCCAAUUCUCUCAUAUGGGUCACAUGACUAGCAGGGAGGAGGGGCUUAGAAGGGAGGAUUUCACAGGAUUCUGGGCCUCCAUUCUAAGCUCCUCCCCCUAUUAGUCAUGGGGCGCGUAGCACAGCGCAUAAAACAGUGUUUCUCAACUAUUUGGCAACUUUUAAAGAUAUUUGGACUUCAACUCCCAGAAUUCCCCAGCCAGCAUGGUUGGCAGGGGAAUUCUGGGAGUUGAAGUCCAUGCAUCUUCAAGUUGUGAAACAGUGCACUGUGGGGUCCCAGGAUGCCGCACACCAAACAACUUAGUCUUGGUCCAAAGAAGAUCCUUGGGACUGUUUGCCCUGUGCAACAUUGUGACUUUGUGUUUGUGAUCACAGCCUUAGAAAAAUUCCAGGGAUGCAGCUGACACCUAAAACCAAUCCAGGAACACCCCUGUCUGAGGACUCUUAAACUCCCUUUCCUCCGAGCCGCUUCAUGCCAUUUGAAUUGCUCUCGUCCUGUGCUCCAUGGAGGUAGUUGUCAAUCUUUUUGAAUCCGCUACAGCACAAAUCAUCCCUUUUCACCUCCCGCAGAAGGCCAAACUAGGACCGCUGGGGUAUAGUAUCCAAUAUAUCCGUACUUCUCUGGCACUCCAGAAAAUGAUGAAUGGUAUACAGGUAGACCUCGGCUUAACGAUCACAAUUGACCCCAAAAAUAUCUGUUGCGAAAACGGAUAGAGUCUUCUGCCCAGGCAGGGGGUUGGACUAGAUGACCUCUGAAGGCCCUUCCAACUCUUAUUCUGAAAUGUAAACUGCCUCCUUCCUCUCUCUUUCCUUCCUAAAACAUCCUCCCUCAAGUCUCGAGUCGUGAGCAGGGAAUGUCGUUUUUGGAUUUCCCCGUCAGCUCUUGAUUCUUCCCUUGGAAGAAGAAAGGCUGAGCUUAAUUCCCAGGGAGGAUGGACUUAUCUCUUUUUCUCUCUUGUGGCAACUUCAAGAUGGAGGUGGACUUCAACUCCCAGCAUGGCUGGCUGGGGAAUUCUGGGAGUUGAAGUCCACCUCCAUCUUGAAGUUGCCGCACGAGAGAAAGACCAGCAUCAUUAACCUCAACUGAUAAUGAAGCAGGAUUCCCCCCCCCCCCCAAAAAAAAAGGCGUUAGACAGGAUGGUUGCUGAGUCGGCAUAGCUUUAAAGGGCAAGAAAAAAAUCUAAGAAGGGGCCACCACCAUGCAACCUUUAAAAGAAAGAGGCAGGGCUUCUGUCACAGUGACGGCGCCAUCUUAACUUUACUGAUGCCUCUUAAGGCCCCCUGUAAUUGAGGAGAAAUCUUUGUACAUGCUAAAGUGACUCUAAACAGUUACCUGAAGGUGGAAAACCACCUGGUGGCAUAAAAAAUCAUUGGGGAUUUGGGGGGGGGGGAGGAUGAAAAAUAGUGGUGUUUUAAUUUAUUUUUUAG